ACUUGCGCACUAGCUGCCAGGGUGUUGUCGGACACAGUUCCUUUUCUCCCAAAAAAUUUCUUACAUGGCGUUGGUUAAUAAGCAGUAAUAAAGUGGUAAGUCGCAAGAGAAAAGUCGAGAGCAGCGAGGACUUUAAGACAUAACGGUCGCUUUUUUUUGGGAGAAGUCCACAGUUUUCCGCAUGAUUUUAUUUAUAAAUCCACAAUCACGGUAGCUGGCGAGUUGCCGCAAGCUUUUAAAGGCUGCAAGGAUUUAAGGGAUCAAGACAGUGAAGGUAUUCGAAGUCGCAUUAAUAAAAGGACACAAUGUUGCUAAUUCACUUUUUAUUAUUGACUUUGUGGGCAGCAUGCAGUCAUGGAGCAAUGGAUGAAUGUAUAGACGAAUCCAAUCGACCUCAGCGCUGCAUGCCGGAGUUUGUUAACGCCGCUUUUAAUGUAACCGUGGUGUCCACCAACACUUGUGGUUCACCCCCUGAAGAAUACUGUGUACAGACCGGGGUUACGGGGGUCACAAAAUCAUGCCACAUUUGUGACGCAGGAGACCCCAGACAGCAUCACGGCGCUACAUAUCUCACCGAUUACAACAACCAAGCGGAUACCACCUGGUGGCAAAGUCAGACCAUGUUAGCAGGCAUCCAGUACCCGCACGCCAUCAAUCUGACCCUUCACCUGGGCAAGUCCUUCGACAUCACCUAUGUGCGACUAAAGUUCCAUACUAGCCGUCCUGAGAGUUUUGCCAUCUAUAAGCGCACUAGCGAGGAUGGGCCCUGGAUUCCCUACCAAUACUACAGCGGCUCCUGCAAAAAGACGUUCGGCAAAACGAAUCGCGGCUUCAUCCGCACAGGAGAGGAUGAGCAGCAGGCAUUGUGCACGGAUGAGUUCAGCGAUAUUUCGCCCCUCACCGGAGGAAAUGUGGCCUUUUCUACACUCGAGGGCCGACCCAGUGCAUAUAAUUUUGAUAACAGUCCAGUACUACAGGAUUGGGUGACUGCCACAGAUAUCAGAGUGACCCUGAACAGAUUAAACACAUUUGGAGAUGAAGUUUUCAAUGAUCCCAAAGUUCUCAAGUCCUACUACUAUGCUAUUUCAGACUUUGCAGUGGGAGGAAGGUGCAAGUGUAACGGCCAUGCCAGUGAAUGCUUGAAGAAUGAGAACAGCAAACUGGUGUGUAACUGCAAACACAACACAGAGGGAGCAGACUGCAGUGUGUGCAAGCCCUUCUACAAUGACCGUCCCUGGAGGAGAGCCACAGCUGACAACCCCAACGAAUGCCUGCCCUGUAACUGUAAUGGCAAGAGCGCAGAGUGUUACUUCAACCCAGAGCUGUAUCGUGCCACAGGUCAUGGAGGUCACUGCCGCAACUGUGCCGACAACACGGAUGGGCCAAACUGUGAGCGAUGCCUGGACAACUACUACAGAGACACUUCUGGCCAGCGCUGUCUGCCUUGCAGCUGCAACCCAGUUGGUUCUCUCAGUACCCAGUGUGACAACACUGGUCGAUGUAGCUGUAAGCCUGGAUUGAUGGGUGAAAAGUGUGACAGAUGCCAGCCAGGUUACCACACACUGACUGAGGCAGGCUGCAGGCCGUGCUCUUGUGACCUUGCCGGAAGCACACAGGAGUGUGAUGUUCAGACAGGGCGCUGUCAGUGCAAGGACAAUGUAGAUGGCUUUAGCUGUGACAGGUGUAAACUGGGCUACUUUAAUCUGGACCCUCAGAAUCCUCAGGGAUGUACACCAUGCUUCUGUUUCCAGCAUUCCACUGUGUGUGAUAGCGCCGAUGGUUACAGCAUACACACAAUCACCUCCACCUAUGACAGAGAUGAUGAGGGCUGGAAGGGGCAGCUGAGAGAUGGCUCUAGCAUGCCUGUGCAGUGGUCUCCCAGUUCUAGAGAUAUUUCGCUCAUCUCAGAAGACUACUUCCCCAUCUACUUUGUGGCUCCAGAGAAAUAUCUAGGAAAUCAGUUGCUGAGCUAUGGGCAGAACCUCACACUGAACUUCAGGAUUCAGAGACAUGAUGCCCGACUGUCAGCAGAGGAUGUUGUACUGGAGGGGGCAGGGCUCCGGGUUGCUGUGCCACUUAUUGCCCAGGGCAAUUCCUACCCAGGAGAAGACAUGCAAACAUUUGUGUUUAGGCUCCAUGACACCCCUGACUACCCUUGGAGACCCACCCUGAAACAUGCCGACUUCCAGAAACUUCUGCACAAUCUGACAUCCAUCAUGAUUCGUGGAACCUACAGUGAGAGAAGUGCUGGUUAUUUGGACAAUGUUUCCCUCAUGACCGCCCGUCAUGGCCCUGGAACUCCAGCUCGUUGGGUGGAGAGGUGUGUGUGCCCUCAGGGCUACGUGGGGCAGCACUGUGAGAAGUGUGAUCUGGGAUACAGGAGGAGUCGACCUGAGCUGGGCCGAUUUAGCCCUUGCGAACCCUGUAACUGCAACGGACACAGUGACACUUGUGACCCUGUGACAGGAAUGUGUAACUGCCAGCACAAUACUGCUGGCAUGAGCUGUGAGAGGUGUAAGGAUGGCUUCUAUGGUGAUUCAACAUUGGGGUCUCCUACAGACUGUAAACCUUGUCCCUGCCCUGCAGGUGCCUCAUGCGCUGUUGUGCCCAAGACCAAAGAGGUGGUCUGUACUAAUUGCCCAAGUGGCACCACAGGUAAGCGAUGCGAGCUGUGUGAUGAUGGCUUCUUCGGCGACCCUCUGGGUGAGAAAGGUCCCGUCAGGUCAUGUAUUGUAUGCAGUUGCAAUAACAACAUUGACCCCAAUGCUGUGGGUAACUGUGACCGAGAAUCAGGCCAAUGCCUCAAGUGCAUUUACAACACCGCUGGCAGCUUCUGUGACCGUUGCAAAGAGGGUUUCUAUGGUGACGCCCGUGCUUCAGAUGUAGCCGACAAGUGCAAACCAUGCUCGUGCUCUUCAUACGGUACAGUGAACAGGCAGACUACCUGUUUGCAGGUGACAGGCCAGUGUAAUUGCCUUCCACACGUAAUUAACAGAGACUGCAGUGCAUGCAAGCCUGGUUUCUACAACCUACAAAGCGGCGAGGGCUGCGAAAGAUGCAACUGCAACCCUAUUGGCUCCACAAACGGGCAGUGUGACAUUGUCAACGGUCAAUGUGAAUGUCAGCCUGGGGUCACAGGUCAGCACUGUGAGCGUUGUGAGGUCAACUUCUUCGGCUUCAGUUCCUCUGGAUGCAAACCUUGCGACUGUGACCCAGAAGGCUCCCAGUCCACCCAGUGCAGGGAAGAUGGGCGUUGCCAGUGUCAUCCAGGGUUUGUGGGAGCUCGCUGUGACAUGUGUGAGGAAAAUUACUUCUACAACCGCUCUACACCAGGCUGCCAGCAGUGCCCCAACUGUUACAGUCUGGUCAGGGACAAGGUUAACCAGCAGAGACAGAAGCUUCUUGACCUGCAGACCUUAAUUGAUAAUCUUGACAACAGUCAAGAUACAGUGAGUGACAAGGCCUUUGAGGACAGACUUAAGGAGGCAGAGAAAACAAUCAUGGACUUGCUGGAAGAGGCACAGGCUAGCAAAGAAGUUGAUAAUGGACUUUUGGAUCGUCUAAACAACAUCAAUAAGACCCUGAACACUCAGUGGAACAGACUGCAGAACAUCAGAAACACUGUAGACAACACAGGCAAUCAGGCAGAUAUUGCUCGUAACCGAGUCCGUGAUGCCGAGGACCUGAUCAGUACUGCCAGAGAGGAGCUGGACAAAGCCAAGGAGGCAAUCAGUAAAGUGGACAUUCAAAUACCCACAACUUCUGGAGAUCCAAACAAUAUGACGCUUCUGGCAGAGGAAGCCCGUAAACUGUCAGAAAAACAUAAAACAGACGCAGAUCAGAUUGAGAAGAUUGCAAAGGACGCAAAUGACACUUCUACCAAAGCUUAUAAUCUUCUGAAGAAGUCACUGGAUGGCGAGAACAAGAUGAGCAGUGACAUUGAUGAACUCAACAGGAAGUACAAUGAGGCAAAUGACUUGGCCAAGAACCUUGAGAAACAGGCUACCAAGGUGCAAACUGAAGCAGAGGAGGCUGGCAACAAAGCUCUGAAGAUCUAUGCUAACUUGACCACCUUGCCCCCGUUUGACACCAAAUCGUUAGAGGAUGAGGCCAAUAAGAUUAAGAAGGAGGCUUCAGACCUGGACAAACUGAUAGAUAAGACAGAGAAGGAGUACAAUGACCUGAGGGAGGACCUGAGGGGCAAAGAGACUGAAGUUCGCAAACUACUAGAGAAAGGAAAGACUGAACAACAGACGGCUGAUCAGUUGUUGGCACGUGCAGACGCAGCCAAGGCUUUGGCUGAGGAGGCAGCAAAAAAAGGCAGAUCUACUUUUCAGGAGGCCCAGGACAUUCUGAACAACCUCAGAGACUUUGACAAGAGAGUAAACGACAACAAAACCGCUGCCGAGGAUGCCAUGAAGCGAAUCCCGGAAAUUAAUGCGACAAUCAAUGAAGCUAAUGAUAAGACCAGACGGGCCGAGGUGGCUCUUGGAAAUGCAGCAGCAGAUGCUAAAGAGGCCAAGAUGAAGGCAGAGGAAGCUGAGAAAAUCGCCAAUGAUGUGCAGAAGGGCUCAGCCAAGACAAAAGCUGAUGCAGAAAAAGCUUUUGAGGACACCAUGAAACUGGAUGGAGAAGUGAACAACAUGAUGGGCCAGCUGACAGCUGCUGAAAAAGAGCUAGAAAAGAAGAAAGCAGAGGCAGAUGCAGACAUGAUGAUGGCAAACAUGGCAUCUGACAAUGCUAAAGAAGCAGAGGGCAAUGCCCGGAAAGCCAAAAAUGCUGUCAGGACAGUGCUGACUACAAUCAAUGAAUUAUUAAGCCAACUCGGCAACAUCGAUAAGGUGGAUCUGAGCAAGCUGAAUCAGAUCGAUAAUGCUCUAAAAGAUGCCAAGGAGAAGAUGGCAGGAAGUGAGCUGGACAGGAAGCUGAAGGAGCUGAAUGACAUAGCCAAGAGCCAGGAGGACAUGAUCACUGACUAUGAUCGUCAGAUCCGAGAGAUUCGAGCAGACAUCGCUAACCUCAACGACAUCAAGAACACACUGCCAGAAGGCUGCUUCAACACUCCGUCUUUAGAGCGGCCUUAACUUUCAUGCUACAACGCUACUUCUGCCUUACGCUCUACUCCCUUGUCCAUGCCGUGGACCUCUACCAUGUCCGACACAUGGUCAAGAAGCCACCCUCAACCAAAACAGGCUUCGUUUUGUUUCAUAUCCUUUUUACCUUGUUUUUUUUUUUUGUUACUUUUAUUACGUUUGUUGUCUGUAUUCAUACAAGACACUAUUUUUUUCAAUCCAAAUUUUUCCUACAAGACGACGAAAGCAGCUUUUAAAUUUCAAUGUGCAGAAAUGCUACAACGUGAAGAACUCAAAGUAAUGGCGCUCACCAUCUGUGUGUGUGUGUGUGUGUGUGUGUGUGUGUGUGUGUGUGUGUGUGUGUGUGUGUGUGUGUUCGGGUGGUUUACAAGGACUAUUUUUAAGGUUACAAACUGGUAACUACAAGGGUAUUAUGCUAUAAAUGUGGUUUAUGAGGACAUUUCUAGUGCUCCUAUAAUUUAAAUUGCUUAAAAAACAUACAAAAUUAUGUUUUAUUGAAAAUGUAAAGUGUUUUGUGAGGUUUAGGGGUAGGGUUAGGGGAUAGAAUCUAUAGUUCUUACAGUAUAAAAAUGUCUAUGUAGAGUCAUCAUAAGUGUGCGUGUGUGUGUGUGCGUGUGUGUGCGUGUGUGUGUGUGUGUGUGUGUGUGCGUGUGUGUGUGUGCGUGUGUGUGUGUGUGUGUGUGUGUGUUACAGCAAGCUGCAAGAGAUUAUGUGUACCUCUUGAGUUUAACGUAAAUCCACAUGACUGCACCACCUCAAACCUUCCUGGUCUUUACAUCAGAUUUAAGGGAAGGCCAUCAUGUGCUUGUUUUUAGCCAGAAUUAAAUAAACACCGAAGCCAACCAUAAGGUGAGACUUCAGGAUUUUGUGUUUGUUUGGGGAAGUUUGCUAGUAUAUAUCAUAAUCUAUAACACUUUGGUCGCCUAUUACUACUCAAUCAAAGCUAACAGUGAAGGAAUCUUAAUUUGUUCAUAAUGCGCAUUUACUUUCUCAGUACCCCAUCCUAGAUCUGGUACUGACCCUGUCAUAUAUACACAUAUAUAUAUAUAUAUAUAUAUAUAUAUAUAUAUAUAUAUAUAUAUAUAUAUAUAUAUAUACACACACACACACACAUACAUUAUUCAGAUUAAGUGUACAUAAAUUCAGUACUGAAAGUUGAUUUCACAUGGGUUCAUACAUUUCAAAGACCCAUCAUGGUUGCAAUACAUUUCAUGUUUUUAUUUGUUUAAACACUACAAUUUCAUGUUUAGAUGUGUUUUUAUUUUAUUUUUAAAAGGCUGCUGCUUACUACAGGUGUACUGCAAAUCACAUUAACAAGCAAAAUUCAACCCUAUGCAACUUUGUACAUUUGCGUAGCAAGACCUUUUCUGAUACACUGGUGCUAAUAAUUAUUUCAAAUGUUCAAUUUUUGUGUGAAUGUUUUUUGUUUUUUAAUUAUUAUUAUUAUAAUAUAGAGAACUGUUAUUUGUGUAAAUAUGCUUAAAUGAUUCAGGAAUGGCUGAUUUGAAACUAAGACCCAACCAGCCACUUCAUCAGUUCAUUUAUAAAAAAAAAAACUAAACAUCAGCCAAAACUUUCACAUAAUAUAUAUAAAUCUACAUAAUAUGUUCUGUGAUAUAUGUGCUUGCCUGUAUACAUGGCUCAGUGUUGCAUCAUAACUCAAUCAUUUAUUUUACUUGUGGUUUAUUUUCAGCAGACAUUGAUGCAUAAUGAGAACCCUCUUUAUUGACAGUUAACUUGCACACCCCAAAACAUGUCUGAACAUACACCAUAUGUCUCUAAUAUUUUGUAUUUAUCUGAAUGAUUUGCUUUAUGUGAGACAGUAAUCAAAUGUUGCUAGUUAAUCAUUGUGAGUUUCUUUUGCCUAAAUGUAUGGACAUAAUCCAUGUCACAAUUUUCUAAACGUGUUCUGCUUAUGGACAUCACAUCAUAACUUAGAAGAAACUCAACGCUGAUGUCCUUUGAUUUAAGAAGCAUAGUGAAAUUUUUACAUUUCACUGUUUCUUUCUUACCAUAUCCGUAUUUUCUUAAGUUAUGGUCUUAUUUAGACCAUUUUUUUGCGGUUCCUCAGCCAACAUGUGAAAUGUCCAACUGAGAGAUUAAAAUAUGGAAUGUGCCACUUAAACAGUAGACAAAUAGGCCUCUGCCCUCUCUCUACAACAGUGUGGACAUAAGUGCAACCAACACAUACUCAUUUAUGUAUAAAACAGUAUUUUUAAUUUAUAAUGUAUCAAGUAUUUGUGAUCUCUUGUUCUUUAGUAAGAGUAUGUUUGAUGCACAGUUUUUAUGUGGUCCUUUGGUUCUAGAGAGUGUAACAGAUUUUAAAGAGACCCCAUCCCACUUUUAUCCAGGCAUUUUACAAACACACCCCAAAGGACCGACACACCUCUGCUUGUUACCCAUUUGCCUGUAAAUCCAAUCAUAACAUUUGAAUAAUAAACAGUGGUUAUUA